ACACACACACACACACAGCAAUAAUUUUGUUUGUUUUUUUUAAUCAAAGCCUUUUUGCAAGAGGGCCUGAUCCUUCUUCUUGUGAGUUGAGUUUUGAUUCAUCUUUUAUUUUAUUGUUUACAGAGAUACUGUAUAGGGUGUGGUGGGCACUGUCCUACAGAUCAGUUUUUUAUGGUUUUAUGUGAGUUUUUAGAGACACCCAUGUGAACAAACUCUGGGCUUUUUCCAGCAUUUUCUGAGGGAGGUGUGUUUGGUAGCAGCAGCAGCAGCAGCAGCAGUAAUAGCAGCAGUGAUACCAGUAAUAAUAAUAAUAAUAAUAGUAGUAAUAGGGCUCAGCAGUCACUGGCCCCUCUCUCCUCCUCCUUUUCUGGGUCUAGUUGCUGCUACAUUUCCUUUGAUAUUUUUUGCUGGGCCUUUUUAGAGUGUUUAGUGUGCCUGUGAGGGGGGUUAGUGGUGUGGAGUCUCUCACCCUUUUCCCCUUCACCCUUUCUGAUUUGGUUGUGUUGAGUGAGUUCACUGUGGUGGAUCAGAGCUUGGUACCUUCUUUUUUUCUAUACUCUCUCUCUCUCUCUCUCUCUCUCUCUUUGUUCAGUGAAAGUUGGUGGUACAAUCUUUGAUGGUUUCUGCAUUGGAUGCUUCUUCUUCUUCUUUAGUUCUCUGCAAGUUCUGAAUUUUUCCUGCUCUUCUCUGCAAGGUGUAAUGGCAAAGGAACACAAUCCAUCUCCUAAAACCCUCCAUUUAGAAUCCAAAAGGAAGCGAAUCGCGUGGAUUAUCAGCGUCGCCGGUCUCUGCUCCAUCUUCUACAUUCUUGGAGCUUGGCAAAGCACAACCACAUCCUUUCUCAAUAACAACAACUUCGCCGCGGUAACCGCCAAAUUCCAAUGUAACUUCCCUUCUUACCGAUCUGCUAAGAAACAAUCGCCGUCCAAAUCGUCGAACCUCGACUUCCAUGCUCACCACCAGGUGGGCUUCAAUGAAUCCUCGUCCGUGCCCGAAAAUUUCCCUGCUUGUGAUCUAAACUUUAGCGAGUACACCCCGUGCCAAGACCCGAGGAGAGCGCGAAAAUUCGCAAAUGAUAUGCUCAAGAACAUGGAGCGGCAUUGCCCUCGGAAAGGCGAGCUUCUCCGGUGCUUAAUCCCCGCCCCGCCGAAUUACAAGAACCCUUUCAAAUGGCCGAUCAGUAGAGAUUAUGCUUGGUUUGAUAACAUCCCUCAUAGAGAGCUGAGUAUCGAAAAGGCCGUUCAGAAUUGGAUUCAGGUCGAAGGGAAGCGAUUCCGGUUCCCUGGCGGCGGCACGAUGUUUCCGAGGGGAGCUGACGUAUACAUCGACGAUAUUAAUGCUCUAAUCCCUUUAACCGACGGAAAUAUCAGAACGGCACUCGACACAGGAUGUGGAGUCGCGAGCUGGGGAGCUUAUCUCCUUAAGAGGGAUAUUCUUACGAUGUCAUUUGCGCCGAGAGACUCGCACGAGGCGCAGGUGCAGUUUGCGCUGGAACGCGGAGUCCCGGCGAUGAUCGGCAUUAUGGCGUCGGAGAGGAUUCCGUAUCCGGCUCGGGCGUUCGACAUGGCCCAUUGCUCUAGAUGCUUGAUUCCUUGGAAUCAAUUUGAUGGAUUGUAUCUGAUCGAAGUGGAUAGAGUUCUAAGGCCCGGAGGUUAUUGGAUCCUCUCGGGGCCGCCGAUUCGUUGGAAGAAGUACUACCAAGGAUGGGAGAGGACAAAAGAAGACUUAAAGCAGGAGCAAGAUGAGAUCGAGGACUUGGCGAAGCGCCUCUGCUGGAAGAAGGUGGUCGAGAAGGAUGAUCUCGCAAUUUGGCAGAAGCCCAUCAACCACGUCGAAUGCGUUCAGAGCCGUAAAGUCUAUAAAACUCCGCAUAUUUGCAAGAGUAACAAUCCCGAUGCUGCUUGGUACAAGAAAAUGGAGACUUGUAUAACCCCCUUACCGGAAGUGAACAGUUCAAAAGAAGUUGCCGGCGGAGCACUAGCAAAAUGGCCGGAGAGGGCAUUCGCCGUCCCGCCAAGAAUAAGCCGCAGAUCAAUUCCGGGCAUCACCGCCAAGAAAUUCCAAGAGAACAACAAGUUGUGGGGCGAGCGAGUGAACUACUAUAAGAAGCUCAUCCCGCCUUUGACUCAGGGGCGAUACCGAAACGUUAUCGACAUGAACGCCAACUUGGGCGGCUUCGCAGCUGCGUUAGCGAAGCACCCCCUUUGGGUAAUGAAUGUGGUCACCGCCGAUUCGGGACCGGACACUCUCGGCGCCAUCUACGAGAGAGGCUUUAUAGGAACAUAUCAAGAUUGGUGUGAGGCUUUCUCAACGUAUCCGCGAACUUAUGAUCUCAUCCAUGCUGAUGGUGUGUUCAGCAUUUAUCAGGACAGGUGCGACAUAACCGACGUUCUCUUGGAGAUGGACCGCAUACUACGGCCCGAAGGGACAGCGAUAAUUCGCGACACCGUCGAUGUUUUGGUGAAGGCCCAGGCCAUAGCCAAUGGGAUGAGGUGGAAGAGCCAGAUCAUGGAUCACGAGACCGGGCCAUUCAAUCCCGAGAAAAUCCUUAUCGCGGUGAAAACUUACUGGACCGGUAAACCGAUCCAGCAGCAGUAACUGCGGCUCCCGAAAAUCGCAGCCAAAUUCGUCGGUAAUUCGCAGACAAUGUAGUAUGAAGUUAUGUGAUAUUUUAUAGUACAUAAAGUAGGGGUUUUAGGGGUAAAGGUGUUAUGUGGUUCAUAAUUUGUUUGAAUAUUGUUAGGAAGGGAUAGUAUCAAUGUAUUGCUAUUCUCACUUGCAAGUGUAUUAUGUGGUGAGCUAGAUGUGUUCUUGUUGCAAUUGAUUUUUUUUUUUUUUUUAAAUGUUGUUCAUUUCGAGUUGUAACACUCCAAUAGUCGUACAUCGAAUGGAAAAAAUAAUUCUGAUUUGAUUAUGAGAGGCAUCGUAACUUAAUA